AUGUCAGCGUUUAAACACCGCAAUGCGCUAGAUUGUUCGGUGCACUGCAGACGACCACCCGAAUACAUCGGCUUGAGUUUAUGGAGCUCAGCUACGACGUAUGUUGGGACAGAGAUACGCUACAACCAGAAAUCUAACUUGAAAUCAGCAGCUUUAAUUGCAAGUAGAAUACAGCGUGAAGACCCGCAGUAUCUAGGAUGA